AGUUAGCUGCGCAGAAAGCCCGGCAGGCUCAACCUCAGACUGUAAUUGGGGGUAAAAUGGCGCUGACUUCCCAAGGAACAAAGAAGAAAGUUUGCUAUUAUUAUGAUGGAGAUGUUGGGAAUUAUUACUAUGGCCAGGGUCACCCCAUGAAGCCCCACAGAAUCCGCAUGACCCACAAUCUUCUCCUGAAUUAUGGGCUGUACAGAAAGAUGGAGAUCUAUAGGCCACACAAAGCAAAUGCUGAAGAGAUGACCAAGUAUCACAGCGAUGACUAUAUCAAGUUCUUGCGUUCUAUCCGCCCAGACAACAUGUCCGAGUACAGCAAGCAAAUGCAGAGAUUUAAUGUCGGUGAAGACUGUCCUGUGUUUGAUGGCUUGUUUGAGUUCUGCCAGCUUUCAACAGGUGGCUCUGUUGCCGGGGCUGUCAAACUGAACAAACAGCAGACAGACAUUGCCAUUAACUGGGCAGGUGGCCUUCACCAUGCCAAGAAGUCUGAGGCUUCUGGUUUCUGUUAUGUCAAUGACAUUGUCCUGGCCAUCCUCGAGCUGCUGAAAUACCAUCAAAGAGUGCUGUAUAUUGACAUUGACAUCCACCAUGGUGAUGGAGUAGAGGAAGCCUUCUACACCACUGACCGUGUCAUGACUGUGUCUUUUCACAAGUAUGGAGAGUAUUUCCCUGGCACCGGCGACCUCAGAGACAUUGGUGCGGGUAAAGGAAAAUACUAUGCUGUUAACUACCCGCUUCGGGAUGGUAUUGAUGAUGAAUCUUAUGAAGCCAUAUUCAAACCUAUCAUGGCCAAAGUGAUGGAGAUGUACCAGCCCAGUGCUGUAGUUCUUCAGUGUGGUGCUGACUCUCUGUCUGGUGACAGGCUUGGCUGUUUCAACCUCACCAUCAAAGGCCAUGCAAAAUGUGUUGAAUACAUGAAGAGCUUUAACCUGCCCUUGCUGAUGCUGGGUGGUGGAGGUUACACCAUCAGAAACGUGGCUCGCUGCUGGACCUUCGAGACAGCUGUAGCCCUGGACACCACUAUUCCAAAUGAACUUCCAUACAAUGAUUACUUUGAAUAUUUCGGACCCGACUUCAAGCUCCAUAUCAGCCCUUCCAACAUGACCAACCAGAACACAAAUGACUACCUAGAGAAGAUCAAGCAGCGUCUGUUUGAAAACCUGCGCAUGUUGCCCCAUGCUCCUGGCGUGCAGAUGCAGGCCAUCCCUGAGGAUGCUGUGCAAGAGGACAGUGGAGACGAGGAGGAUGACCCAGACAAACGCAUCCCCAUCCGUGCCCAUGACAAGCGGAUAGCCUGCGAUGAGGAAUUUUCCGACUCUGAGGAUGAAGGACAAGGCGGCCGCAGGAAUGCGGCCAAUUACAAGAAGACCAAACGAGUGAAGACAGAAGAGGAAAAAGAUGGAGAAGAGAAGAAAGAUGUCAAAGAGGAGGAGAAGACACCAGAGGAGAAAAUGGACACAAAGGGGCCAAAAGAAGAGUUGAAAACAACCUGAGGGAACCUAACUGAAGUCCAAUUGGAUUCAUGAACUUGCAUCAUACACUCAAUGUUACCCCGUCACACACACGUGUGCUAUCUUGGCUCCUAAGAUAAAGACUGUAAAUUAUUUUCUAAGACUCAUUUUACUAUUUGUAUUCUUAAUGAGCGGUAUAAACGUUUUUUGCAUUAUAAAUGUGAAUUGAAAUGUAAGAUGUAUGUUUCCUUUUCCCUCUAUUCCUUUUGUGCUUUAAAACCUUUACAUUAAGUUAGAAAUUUUAUCACUGUCUACCAAAAGUAGCACCUCAGACAGGACCAGAAAUGGUAGUUGGAGUUGAUGGUCUUUAGCAUUCCCAACAGGGGAGGCCUCACUUCUAAGUUAUUUUGAAUUAUGGACUUGACAUCUCUUGCUUAUUGGGUCUUGUUUUUCUGUGGAUGCUGUUCCCCUGGUACAAUGUCCUUUACCUCACUUUUAAGAGAUUAAGAUGUUUGUUUUAAUGAUGGUGUCUUUUUUAUGGCUUUGAACCCCUGCCCCACUGAGACAGGGAGAGCCUCAUGUUAUUGCUGUUAAGACUCCAGAUUCCUCUCUAUUGUGGUUGUGCAAGCACGUCGGUGGCACUUCUGGCCAGAUAUAGUUUAGGAGUUCAGUGGUUUUGAAAGUGUCCAUAUUAUAACAAUGCCUUUGGUAAAGUAAAUAAAGAAAUUUCUCUCAUG